CUCGGCGAAGACGGGGAGUGAACGAGCAGAGAGGGUGAGGAACCAGCGGAUCUGGCCCUUUAAAUCACCAAUACAGCGCAUUCGGAGAGACAAGCCAAUGUGAGCUCAGCUGCAGUCCAGCUCUGUCGUUUUGACUUGGCAACUGUUUUCCGGUCGUGCCUGCACCACUCAGAUCUCCAUCCAGUCACGUUUGUGUUCAGAGAGAGUCCUGUCUGCCUACCACCAGUCAGUUUUCUCCUGUGUUGGUGUAUUCUGAUGGAUCAGUAUGUCUACCACUAAUAAUAUCGCCCAGGCCAGGAAACUGGUGGAACAGCUGAGGAUUGAGGCGGGGAUUGAACGCAUUAAGGUUUCUAAAGCAGCAGCAGAACUGAUGAGUUACUGUGAGCAGCACGCUCGUAGCGACCCUCUGCUGGUCGGGGUUCCCACCUCUGAAAACCCUUUCAAGGACAAGAAGCCCUGCAUCAUCCUAUAGCCGCUCUACGUUCCUCCUGCCACACCAACACACAUUCACAUACAGACACACAUAAAUGUACACAUUAAAUACUUAAAUUGAUCCGCAGACAAAUACAUGCUAACACACACUUCAAGUCCAGCAUACGCACACAGUCAUAGAAACACAUACACACACACACACACACACACACACACACACACACACACACACACACACACACACACACACACACACACACACACACACACACACACACACACACACACACACACACACACACAAACUCCCAAAAUAGCCUCUCUGGAAAAGCGCCAUACCCCGGAGCCACAGCUAGGGGGCAGGUAUCUCGUUCUCUCGGUGGCUGAGAUCAGUAUAUCACUGAGUAUGAUCCAAGGUGCUUUUGGUUAUAUUCACAUAUGCUGGUAAAUUAACUACAAGUGUCAGCUUAACUUUAAAAAGGGAUUUGGACAUUAAUAAUCAGUAGGAAACCAGGAUCUUUUUUUCCUUCUUUUGUCAUGAAAUGAGGGGUUGGGUAAAGGACUGACAGCAGUGCCAUAGGCAAGGAGUAGGAGGAUGCAUGUGGACAACAGAAAUGGGCGGUAGGCGCUUCUGCCGACCGUGCCAAAACACGACCUGGUGUCCCAUUAAAAGCUCAUUAAAAGCUUUUUUUUGUGGGAGUUAUAAAAAAAUAAAAAAAAAAGGUCUGAGAGCUUUGCCCACUAACCUGCCUGUGCAGGGUAAUUUUGGAGCAAGUGGCUAAAGCCUUUUGCCUUUUAUUGGGCUAGCAUGUUCCCACCCAAACCUGUUCCAACAGACCUUCUCUGCCUGUGGCCUCACUGCGUCCGUCUGCAGCCUCUGGCCAAACCUCCAGCUGUGCCAACUUGUACACAAAG